AUGAGCCAUGCAGCUCGACGGGCAACGCAGCGUCUUGCCCAGCAGGCACGAAGCUGGUCAGGCAGGCCAUCCGCGGCCCUCAGUCCGGGCUCGUGUACGUCCACCACGAGGUUGGGAGGUCGGCACGCCGCCAGCAGGAUGACAAGGAAGGCGCCGGACGGGGAGGAGCGCCAGACGACGCCGGAGAGCGCCCGGAGAAGCGUCAAGAACCGGCCUUGCAUGCGGGAGCGGAGUAAUGCACUCCUCAAGGCGACGGCCAACGACCCGACGGGUGGCGAUGAGACGCACGGACGGCUCCUGACGACGCCGACCCGAUUGCUCAAGCUGAUUCUCCCGAUACCCUUCCACCCCGAGCCAGAGCACAUCGAGGCGAGCUCUGAGGGGCGAAAGGAGUGGGGUGACAAGGCCGUCGAGCCGUUGGCCCUCCUGAUUCAUCCGAACCAGCCGUUGUCGUACCUCGAGCGGCUCAUUCAAGCCGAGAUGCCGCCGAUGCGGGUGCGUGGCCGAGAGAAGCUCCCGGAAAUUGUCUUCCGCGCCGAGGGAGAGCGCAAGAAGGGCACAGAGCGUCCGAUCGAUGACGGUCGAGGGGGCGCCCAUGUCGCCGCCCACUCGGGCCUCGGAUGUCAAGGUCCGGCGAGACGCGACACAACAUGGGUACGGUGGAGCGGCAGCACCGAGGUGGGCGACUUCAUCCGCGACGCCGCCCGCCGUCGCGAGUUUGCCGUGGCCAUCGAGGGCCAUCCCCGGGCGUUGCGGGUGGCGGUGCCGAGCUUCGAGGAUCGCACGCACUACAUGCGGCUCCGUCUGCGGACCAUGUCGCGGCAGGUCGAGGUCAUGGCGGGCGUCAAGAAGGAGUGCGACGAGCUCGCCCACAAGGGCGCUCACCGUCUCGCCGAGGGCGGCUUCGUGCUCCUGUCGUCCUGGUGGGGCGUCGUCUACUACGUCACCUUUCACACCGACAUGGGCUGGGACCUCGUCGAGCCCGUGACGUACCUCGCCGGCUUGGCCUCCAUCAUGGGCGGAUACCUCUGGUUCCUCUUCAUCAGCCGGGACCUCAGCUACAAGGCGGCCAUGAAGCUGACGGUGACGAAGCGGCAGAAGGCCCUCUACCAGGAGCGAGGCUUCGACCCGCAACGGUGGGAGCAGGCGACGCACGAGGCCAACCUGCUUCGAAGGGAGAUACGAACCGUGGCCACCGAGUACGACGUCGCGUGGGACGAGAUGAAGGACCUCGGCGGCGAGAGGAUCAAGGAUGCGCUGGAGCGGGAGAGGAAAGGGAGGAAGGGCGAGGAGAAGGAGGGCGAGGAGAAGGAGGGCGAGGGGAAGGAGGGCGAGGGGAAGGAGGGCGAGGAGAAGGAGGGCGGGAAGGAGGACGAGAGGAGGGGCGACAAUGAGGGGGCAGAGGAAGCAAUGGCAGGGGAGACGUCCCCGACCGAGAAGAAAACCGUGUCGAGGUAA